AUGACGGCUCAUACUUAUAAUGUAUCCGCGGAGCGCACAGGCGGGCGUUCGGCAACUGGCCAAGAUGCAGAGUCAGGCGCAAAUGCGGCGGUAUCGCAAGAGAAAGAUUUAGCAAUUGGCCUUGUAGGGGAACACGCGCAGGAAAUCGACCCAGAAAUCGAGGCUAGAGUUUUGAAAAAAGUAGAUUGGUUUCUGAUACCAGCCAUGAUUGUCGGAUAUGGACUGGUGUACUAUGAUAAAGCUAUCUUGGGCUCCGCAGUCCUCUUCGGCAUGACAAAGGACCUCUCGCUCAGCAUUACAGACACCAGCACGAGGCCGCCUACAACAAACACAUCUCGUCUGUCAUGGGCGACAUCCCUCUUCUAUUUUGGCAUGCUAGCAGGUCUCUAUCCCAUGACUUUUGCUCUACAGCGCUUCAAUCUCGGCCGCAUACUAGGUGGCGUUGUCAUGCUCUGGGCCCUGGUCUGCAUGUUAACCGCAGCCGUCACCACGUACAAAGGGCUCUAUGCGCAGCGCUUCUUUCUCGGUUUCGUAGAGAGUAUCAUACCAACUGGUUUCAUGACGAUAAUAUCUAGCUACUACACGCAGCAGGAACAGGCUAUACGGCAGAGCUGGUGGUUUAGUUCUACAGGCCUCUUUACGAUUAUCGGGGGUGCACUCAACUAUGGCUUUGCCCAGAUUACCGCCGGGGACUUGAAACGCUGGCAGUACAUUUACCUUUUAGCGGGCUGCUUGACUUUUCUCUUCGGUAUCUGGUGCUUUUUUAUCCCCAACUCGUGUGCUUCGGCAUGGUUUCUCUCGCCUGCAGAGCGUGUUGUAGCUGUCGAGCGGCUGCGCAAAGGCGCGACUGGUGUGCGUUGCCAGAAGAUUAAACCUGCUCAGCUCAAGGAAGCAGCACUGGAUAUCAAACUCUGGCUUGUCUUUGUCCUCAUGGCGUCGGCAUACACGGUCAACGGCGCAGUGUCUGGGUUUGGUCCGCUGAUUGUUAGUACAUUUGGCUGGUCGACACUCGAAUCGAUUCUCUGGCAAUUCCCCCUCGGUGGCUUGUGCCUUAUUAUUAUCCUACUAUGCGGUUACCUCAGUUCACAGAUCCCAAAUAUCCGCCUCAUUUUACUUGUCGUAAACUGUCUCCCUGUAAUCGCUGGCUGCGCUAUGAUUUGGAAAGCAGAAUGGACCUACCAUGCAGCCACCCCUGUUGCAGGAUACUCCAUCAUCGGCACCUUUGGUGCCGUUGUUAGUCAGACCAUUGGCAUUGGCAUGUCCAAUGUAGCUGGAGCGACUAAAAAGAGCGCCAUGGCAGCUGCCAUCUUUGUCGCCUACUGUGUGGGGAACAUUGUUGGACCGCAGUUGAUUGAUAGCCGAGAAAAGCCAACGCAUUACCCAAAGCUGUGGACGGGCUUGAUUAUUUGUUACUGCAUCACCAUUGCUGCAGCUAUAGUGCUCUAUCUUGUCCUUCAACGCGAAAACAAGAAGAGAGAUAGUAUCCCUAUCGAUGAAGCAGAGCGUGACAAGCUCGCAUUCAUGGACUUAACUGAUAAAGAGAAUCCCUACUUUCGAUAUGUUUUGUAG